GUAUUUCAUCAACAGUUUGACACUUUGAAAUUUCAAAGUGAUCCGCUGUACACUAAGGAUUACUGUUGGACCUGUUACGCUUUUUUGGAUGUUUUUGUCAAAUCAUGUAUUUCUUAUGAUGUUUAUAUAUUUGGAUAUCAUGGAGUGGUACUAACUAGAAAAGAAAUGAUACACCGAGAAAAUAUUUACAGUAAUCUACCUCCCUUCUUCAUGCUCAACAUUUGUCGCUCUUUCCAUUCUUCUCACGUCCUGACAAGGAACGCCUAGCAAACUUAUAGUUUGUCGCAUCUAGGAGGUCUAUGUAAGUUCGUUACGAAUCAUUCGAGCAAUGGCUCUUAAAAGACUGUGGGCGGCUUAUAAGAGAUACAAGGAGAUCGUUAAGAUUGUCGCAGCAAUUUUUGGAGUAAUUGCAGGAUUGGCUGCUUGUGGAUUGUUUGCAAAGAAGUACCAAAACUAUCAUGCUUCAGGGUGGGCAGCCUUCUCCGCUCUGUGCGCUGUCUACUUUCUUCAUGUGGUUUUCUCAGUUCGACGUGACUUAGAAAGAAAGAUUAAUCCCGACUGUUUCUCCUUGUAUAUGGUAUUUAGUAGUCUUGGGAUAAUGACUGGUUUAGUUGUGUUCGUUACAUAUAUCGCAAUGGGGGCUAAUCAUCAGGAAGGAAUUGAUCCUAAAGGGAGCUACAUAUCAGCUGUUUGGGGUUUUAUGUCAUUUAAGUGGUCUCUGUUUGCAUUUUUGUCAUCCAGCGCAUAUCGUAAAAAGUACUUGGCAUUGGAUGAAGAAACUUCAGUAAUUGUGAAUUCAUAAAUUUCCAAACUGGUAAAAUAUUCAUGAUGAUAAAAAAGUGAACGUAAGUCAACAUUAGCAGUUGACACAACAAUUAUUUGAAGACAUCAACUUUGAUGGGAACAAAUUUCAACAAUAUUUACUUUGAUAUUUUAUUAGUUAUGAUUAUGGUUCUAGAUAUUUUAAUGUAAAUCACAAUUUGCAUGAACUCACCUUAAAGCACAGUCUGAAUUGUGCAAAAGCACCAWAACUGCUUUGUAUAAUUAUCAGCAGAUUUUGAAGGCAUUUUUUUGAAUUGAAUUGAAUGCAAUGUAUUUGAUAAGGAAUGAUAGUAUAUGACUUAGAAUGGCAAAGAAUCACAAGACAUUUUAGUGUAAUUUGUCUUCAUGGGAUAUUAUAUAAUGGAGCAACAUUAUUCCCAUCUACCAAGUGAUAGUAGUGUAGUGAAGAAAUUAUGAAUUUAAUUUUUGAUCAAUGAUUGAAUAAGGUGUUCUC